AUGCUUCAUUGGAGACUACCAUUACUUCUCAGCACUUUUUUUUGGGUGCUGAGCGUCUCAACUCUAGAUAGCGCACCCGGAAGUGGACAAACAAUCAAGUACACCGCAACGCUCGGGAAAACGGUCGAAUGCUUUAGCGAGAUCAACGCUGCGCGUGAGGCAGCUGGGCUGCCCAACUUCACAGAGGCUUCAGAUGGCGACAAAUUAAACGACCCCGCAGGAUCAGACCUAGACGACAGCAACGACUGGAAAAAAGUGUGCACAUAUUUGAUUCCGACCCAAGCACCGGAAGCCAUGGAGGCGCCCAGCGCACCGAAACCCUUUGAAGAUGGAACAUAUGCCUUCAAGUCCCUAGAUGACGCGGAACCCAAUUGCAAGGAAACAGUUGAUUACUGGAAGGCUGCCUUCAAAAAUUUCACUGGCCUUCCACCAUCAAAGACUGAAGGCGAAACACUGUACAACAAUCAAGAUAACGUUUCUUUUGUAGCCCUCUACAACCCUUCAUCCAGUGCCACUGCAGACUGCCGAGUCGUCACUUGCACUCAAACGACUACCUCCACUGCAGGUGAUGGAGAUGGUGGAGGGUUCUCAACUUAUGCGGAAGACGGAACUACAAAAAAAGGCUAUGCGUUGAUUUGCAAGACGAUGCCUGCUGUUUUUGGAAGUAACGGCUCUGCUUUAUUCACGCAGGAGCAGUGGGACAGGAUCAUAUCUUCCCUCACAGGCUCCGCAUCGAUAACAGCUCCAAGCUUCGUUGCUCUUGCCAUUGUGACAUUCGGCAUUACGAUUUUAUUAUGA